AUGGACUGUUAAGAAAGAUACAUUGACUGCAUUACUGAAAAAAUACUCUACUUACAACUACCUAUUAUCUAUCCAAAUCUUCCUAAAGGUUUCUGUGUUAUAAGGACCAGAGAGAGUGGAUAAUUUGCUAGUCAGUUUCAGAUCUUUUUUUAUGUAUUUUUUUUAAAUUUUUAUGUUUUUUCACUGAUCUUCACCGAAGUUGGAGGAGGUCUUCAGAGGAAAUCACCGUGAAUCAAAGCAGAUCAUAAUGGACAGCUUCAGAAUGGAUCAAGUGGCCCCCAUGUCUUUUCAUUAUCGGGCAACGCUGAAGCGCCAGAUGGCAUUUGACAGCUCAAAUAACCCAGCAUCUUUGUUCAGUGGAUUGUAUCCAUCUUUAGAUGAAGACCAGUCAGUACAGGAAGUGCCAACAGGAUAUGAAUCAGCUUCACUUGACUGUAACUCAUAUGAAAUGCCCAUUUUAACGCCAUGUAGCAAGGCUGUCAUGAGCCAAGCCCUAAAAGACACCUUCAAUGGUUUUACCAAAGAGAGAAUUCAUCUUGGUAUCCCAGAAAACCCUCAGAUGUGGACAGAACUGCAAGUACGCCAGUGGCUUCUCUGGGCGGUGAAUGAAUUUAAACUGGAGAAUGUCCACUUUCAUAAAUUCCACAUGACUGGCCAAACAUUAUGUGACCUAGGAAAAGAGAGGUUUUUAGAACUGGCACCUGACUUUGUUGGUGAUAUCCUUUGGGAACACCUGGAGCAGAUGAUGAAAGACUACCAGGAGAAACAGCAAAAGCAGUACCUUGAAAACUCUCCUUCUGUCACUUCUUCUACACAGUGGAUUAAUAAUAAUGCAAUAGGUUUCAGCCAGGACACAGCACAGUGUACGCUGCAGAUGCCCAGUUUUACAAAAAACAGUUUCAUGAGAGAUUUGUGCCAAACAUCAACCAAUCUGGACCUUCUACUGCUGGACCCUGACUAUCAGAUUUAUUCCAAGCCACAACUUGAAACAGUUAAUGUGAACUACUUCUCAUCGAGUCAGGAAUGUAAUACAAAUCAGGCAAAUGUGAAAAUGGGUACUGCAAGUAAAUGCACUGAACUGAAAUCUUUUGAAAGCAAAGACAGCUUUGAUACAUCUGAUGUGUUGCUACGGUCCUGGAACAGUCAAUCCUCACUAACAGAUAUGCAACGUGUGCCUUCCUAUGAUAGCAUUGAAGAGGAGUGCAGCCCAACAGUAUGCAUGAGCAAGCCAACCAUCUCAUUUAAGGACUACAUUCAGGAGAACAAUGAGACUGUAGAGCAAGGAAAACCUGUCAUUCCUGCAGCAAUCCUUGCUGGUUUCACAGGAAGUGGUCCUAUUCAGCUUUGGCAGUUCCUGCUGGAAUUGUUAACUGACAAAUCCUGUCAGUCAUUUAUAAGUUGGACUGGAGAUGGCUGGGAAUUCAAGCUUUCUGAUCCAGAUGAGGUUGCUCGACGGUGGGGAAGAAGGAAAAACAAACCCAAAAUGAACUAUGAAAAGCUCAGUCGGGGUCUGAGAUAUUACUAUGACAAGAACAUUAUUCAUAAAACAUCUGGAAAACGUUAUGUGUAUCGCUUUGUAUGCGACUUGCACAACCUUCUAGGAUAUACAGCAGAGGACCUCCAUGCCAUGUUGGGAGUACAGCCAGACACAGAGGAUUGAAUGUGUGCUUAUUGACAAAAUUCUUAUUGUAUUACAGCUUCUUUGUAAUGGAAAGCCUUUCCAGAUGGCAGUUGCAGUAUGAAAGAUUUUUGUACGGAGUGAAAGUGAAGGUGCAUCAUUCUGUAGCCAAGCUGUUAUGAGGUAGCAUUUGGAGACAGCAGAGAUCCCAUUUCUUUUCAUGCAGUGAUGUCCUUUACAAUGUUUGGAUCAUUGCAAACCAUAUAUAUGGAAUUCAAUUGAAAUACCUUCUUCAGGAUGGAGAUACUGUUUGAAAGAAAAUUCAGCUUAUGAGUAGUGUUCCUUUAACCAUACCUUAUAUCUAAAACAUGGUGAAUGUGCAUCUCUAAAAAUGUAUGGGGAAGCUUAGGACUUAAGUUUCUCAUUGCCAACAGUUGUUAUGCAAGGCAAACUGUCCAAUUUCUAUGAACUGCAUUGAAUAAGCGUGCCUUCAGCAAUGAUGUUUUUUAUCAUCAAAAAGUAUUAAGCAAACUGGUAUGAAAAAAUAAUGAACUUAUUGUAAGAAUUCUGUACUUGAAAUUAAGCUUUGAAAGUUACUUUAGUAUAUUCAAACAGCCAGAAUCAGACUAGUCUGUUUACACAAUCAGGGUAUCUGUUCAUUUUUUUUUCAAAAACUGUGACAGUCAAGAUGCUUUAUUUAUACGUUCAAAUUGUCAAUACUGCUGAAGUUUUAAUACAAGACAGGAUCAUUGUAUCAGUCAUCCAUAGAAAGGGUAAUUUUUGCAUAAUGAAACUAGUACAGAGGAAAAAGCUUUACCCAAAGAGUUGUAAAUAAAAUUUAUAAAUUAAUGUUUUCUUUCCUCUGUGAAGCAGGAGAAAGGAAAUUUCUAAAUUAUCACUUUGUUUAUUAUUAUAAUUGCAGUUGUUUUAAUGCAAACAUUUGGUUUGAUAUAUAAAUGUAUUUAUUUAUUUGUUGUAAUUCUGUAAAGCUGGUUGCUUAAUGCAAGGUAACACUUGAAACUGAAAAGAAAGGCCAGUAUGGUCCUUUACUGAUUGUAAUCAUGGGCAUCUUUGAAUUCCAAGAUAUUUAAUAUGUUGCUUAUAACUUGUGAAUGUUGUUGUGUAUGUUCACAUUGCACAAGACACUCCUUAAGUGCCAGUCAUUUCUGUGCCGGUAUAUGUGUACAGUCUGUAUUUUUAUGUUUUGUGUAUAAAUCAUUUCUGUUUUUCCAUAAUUAGGAAUGCAUAACUCCUUUCCAGCAGUCAGGAGUUAUUCGUGUAGCAGCCUUUUAGCUGCAAGUAAUUUGUCAGAUGAGAGUAUAUAAUAUUUUUAAAGAAGUUUUAUUUUUUUGUACAACUAUGAUGAACAUUUGUACAGAAAAUGUGUUAACUUGUAUAUCCUGAACAGUGAAGAGGCUUUUUAAAUAAGAGCAAUAAAAAUGUCAGAAAGUGAAAAAAAAAA